CCAGCAUGCACCGGGGAGUAGGUACUGCCUUUCGGGUGGCCGGGAAGAUGGCGGCCUGUGGGGCGGAGCCGCAGGUCCUGGUACAAUACUUGGUGUUACGAAAGGAUCUAUCACAGGCUCCAUUCUCCUGGCCGGCGGGUGCACUGGUAGCGCAGGCUUGCCACGCAGCCACUGCGGCCUUGCACCUUCACCGCGACCACCCGCACACUGCCGCUUAUCUCCAAGAGCUGGGGCGCAUGCGCAAAGUGGUUCUCGAGGCUCCAGAUGAGACCACCCUGAAGGAGCUGGCUGAGAUCUUGCAGCAGAAGAACAUUGACCACAUGCUGUGGCUUGAGCAACCAGAGAACAUAGCCACUUGCAUUGCACUCAGGCCCUACCCCAAGGAAGAAGUGAGCCAGUAUUUGAAGAAGUUCCGACUAUUCAGAUAACUGCUGCUGUGAUAUAUUUGAAUGUCAGCUGGAUCCAGAAACAGCACGUCAUCCCUCCCUAAGUGUAAUGUGCUCCUUGCAGUGUCAGCCUGCUCCUCCCUUUCAGUUAUGACGGUUUCUUGAGGCUCAAACAUGUGCUCAUAUUAAAGUUGUCAUGAAUAAGUG